AUGACCGAUACCUCCGCUUCCCCGAGUUCUCACGCUGUUGCGGAUGGGCCUGCCAACGCAUCUUCGGUUGAACUUUUCACAUGGUUCUGGCAAGAUGGGGAUUCAAACUGGAUUCCGUUCCGGCGGAGCGACCAGCAACCGCUUGAGAAGGCAGAAGCAUCGUCAAGUAGCUUUGUGAAUGUCGAGGGCGGGCGGUGGCAGGUUGACCUGAAAGAACGACUGGUGACUGACAGAUAUGGCAGCGAUCCUCCGCGCAAGCCGGGCAAGGUGCGUCGAGCCCUCUGGUUCCAGCAAGCUGCCACUUUGAUCCCCUACGACGAAGAGACGUCCAAAACCAUUGAAGCAGCUCACGAGCGCGUGUGGCUUGGUGCUAAAGAGGCGCUACCAAAGGAAGACUUGGAAGUUGCAGAAAGCGUGGUGUUGGACUCGGGAAGGCAGGUAACCUUGAAGCUGAAGUACGAGCAGAAGUCCAAGUCCUGGAAGCUUUCAGCCAAGGAAAGGUCGCAGGGAGGAAGCUCCUGGAUGGAGUAUGCACAGGGUAUGCUCGGCAAGACCUACCAGCUGCAGCGUGGCUUCGGCCCUGUCGAUCUACAGCCAGGAGAGGAGGAGGAGAAGGCUCUGGGAGACAAAGUCGGGAAUUUGAUCAUCUUGGUGCAUGGCGUAGGCGAGAAGAUGUGGAGUGAGGAAGGCUGUGGGCUGGCGUUUUCUUCCGUGCAGUUCCGCCAACACACACAUGUCAAGCAGCUGCUAUCUGCUGGCUUUGUGCAGAAGGGCUCCGGCUGGGAGUAUCCAGGGGAAGUACCGCCGCCGAGCUUGCAAAAGGAUGAGGUUCUGGAGGCAUCUUGGUGGGAGACGAUACACACAGACGAGAUGGACAAACGCCUUGCGCGGAUCAGCUUGCCGUCCAUGAAGCAGGUGCGACAAAUCGCGAACUUUGCGGUGGUCGAUGCAUUGUACUACAUGCAGGUUGGACGGAAAGAAGCCAUUGUGGCCGCAGUUGCACGCUCUGUUGAAGCAGCUCUGGCACGAUUUCUGAAACACCAUCCUCAUCAUUCCGGUAGCAUCGUCCUGGCGGGACAUUCCCUUGGAGGCGCGAUCCUGUUCGAGCUUCUACGCAGCCAGACUCCUAAAUUGAGCUUCGCGCCUGGAGCCUUAUUCACCAUGGGAAGCCCGACUGGCCUGUUCUUGCACGUUGCAGACUCAGCUCCCGAAGAGAGUUUCGCUCUUCCUGGGGGCACCCGCUUUUUUAACAUCUUUCACCCCCUCGAUCCUGUUGCUUACCGCAUCGAGCCCCUCAUCAAGGAGGACCUCGAAAAACUGGAACCUGCCAAAGUUGCAGUGGAGGGUGGCAUUGGUGGCAUGAAGGUGCACUACGGUGUGCAGAAGAUGAUGAACUGGGCCACGGGCGAGGACAAAAAGCAGGCCGAAUUCAGCGACCUCUGUCAGUCUGUCCAGCUCAACGCCGGAGACCGCAUUGACUGGUCCUUGCAAGAGGAUCUCAGCAUCAUGACCGUUGCUGGUGUUGCCGGUGAGCUGGUGCAGGCACUUCCGAGCCAUGCCUGCUACAUGAAGUCUGCGGAUGUAGCGGCAUUUGUGCAGAGUCGCACCCAUUCUCUGGCAGUCGCGAGGCGCUUGGCGUCGAAGACGGAGUCUUCGUCUGAUGCCAACAGGUGCUAG